AUGAACAACCAACAGUUCCGAAAUCUCUUGCUUAGCAAGGGCUCGAAAUCGUCGGAUGGCGACCGUUCCACUUCGCCAAAGGCGAGCGCCAGCGCAACCUCCAGCGGCCUUGGUGCUCGUCAAAGGGCCAGCAUCCCCAUGACGCCGCGUUCUACAGGGUUGAAUAGCAACGCAGACUUUGCGCGCCAAGUCGCCGAACGAAAUCGCGCCACGAACCCCCAGAAGAAGCCACGGUCGUCCGUCCCCAAAGGCUCAAAGCUCGCCGCGGGCUACGUGGACCGGACAAGGUCGAGACAGGAGGAGGAUGAGCGAGAGGCACGACUGAAAGCGCUGGAGGAGUCGUUACGAAACGAAGAAAUCGAUCAAGAGACGUUUGAUAGAUUGUGCAGCGAAAUUGCUGGGGGCGACUUGUCGACGACACACAUGGUCAAGGGCCUCGACUUUAAGCUACUACAGAGGGUACGAGGAGGCGAGGAUGUGUACCGCGACGGAGACUUUUCUACGGAAGAUAAAGAAGCACGCAACAGCCCCGCAGAAGCUGAGGAGGGGGAUAUUGAUGAUGAGCUGGACAAAGUCUUGGAACAAGAGGUCACGGCUGUAGAAAAGGAAAAGCGCGAGAAAAAGGGUCAGCUGUCUACAGUGUCCUCCGCUGCGGGGAAGAAGCGUACGAGAGACCAGAUCCUGGCGGACCUGAAGGCAGCCCGUGCGGUAGCGACGCCCAAGGAGCCAAAGGAAGACUUGGGAGGAAAAUUCAAGAAGAUUGGCGCGAAACAGCAGCCGGGCACGCGGAUUGAGCGCGAUAGCAGGGGCAGAGAGGUUCUCAUCAUAGUAGACGAGGACGGGCACGAGAAAAGGAAGAUUCGCAAGGUAUACGCUGGCGAGAAGGGCGGCGAUGGUCUGAAAAAUGAUUUGCCUAUGCCUGACAAGGACGCGAAACCCCUUGGCAUGGAGGUGCCAGAGAUAUACCGGAACCGAGAAGAGCCCGAAGAGGAAGAGGAUGAUGAUAUCUUUGGUGGCGUGGGAGACGACUACGAUCCAUUGGCCGGGCUUGCAGCGGGUUCGGGCUCCGACUCCGAUUCCGACUCCGAUUCCGAUUCCGACGGCGGCGAGUCUCGGCCGGGUCGUGAUGACGAUGCAAAGUCCGUAGGAUCCGAGAAAGAGAGGACGACGAAGAAGGAAGACCUAGCAGUACCGCCCGCACACGCUACAGGACCAAGAAACUAUUUCAAGGAUGCCAAGACUGGGCUCAUCUCCCAAGAAGAAGUCAAGGCGCCGUCCUUGUCCGACCCAACCAUUAUGGCCGCCUUGAAGAAGGCGGCGACCCUUAACCCGUUGGGUAAAGGGCCCGGCGACGAUGAUGAUGUUAGCGACCAAGAGGAGAGGGCGCGGCUGGAGCGCAGGCGGAAGCUUCUGAAUCCACCGAUCGCGACGCGGAGGAUCUGGAUAUGGGCUUCGGCACGAGCAGACGCCGCUGGCCGGAAGAUGAGGGUGCCAAAGAUCCCUGUGUGGCUUGACUGUGAUCCUGGCCAUGAUGAUGCGUUUGCCAUACUCCUUGCCGCCUACCAUCCGCAAUUGCAGCUCCUAGGUAUCUCGACAGUUUUCGGCAAUGCAUCACUCAGAAAAACGACGAACAAUGCGGCAUCUAUUCUUACCGCGAUAGGCAAGGAGAAGGAGAUCACAGUCUAUCCCGGCGCGCACAAGCCGCUGGUCCGCCCUGAGAGACAGCAUGCCGUCGACAUCCACGGCGAGUCCGGCAUCGACGGAACCGAUCACCUGCCCGAGGGCCGCGCGCAAGUAGACACCACCACGGGCGCCAUCCACGCCAUGGCCGAGGCCCUCCUCAACAGCCCCCGGCACCGCCUGGCUCAGUACCCCCAGAUUGUCGGUCACCUGGCGGGGCUGAGCAUCAUGGGCGGCGCUAUCGGUGGCGGCUUCUCGAGUGCCGUCAUGGGAAUGGUGGACGGCGUCGCGCGCGUGGGCAACUGGUCACAGUACGCCGAGUUCAACAUCUUCAUCGACCCGGAGGCCGCCGCGCUGGUGUUUGGAAACGAGGAACUCGCCGCCAAAACGACCCUUGUGCCCCUAGACCUUACCCACCAGGCAUUGGCUACUAAGAAAGUACGGACCAUGCUCCUCCACGGCAAGGGAGCGCCGGCCGAGUCGCCGGAUGGCGAGGGCAAGUCAACGUUGAGGACCAUGCUAGUGGAGCUCCUCUUCUUUUUCGCAAAGACAUACGAGGACGUGUUUGGCAUCACCGAAGGACUGGGGCGCGGACGGGGUCCCGAGAAGAGAGAGCGCUUCGAUGUCACCGUUGUCACCGAAGGCAACUUUGAGGAUGCGGUAAAGGGAAGCCAGCUGGGCCGCACCAUCGCCACUCUAAAAGAGCCGGGCAAAUCUGGUGUCAGGAUCCCGAGGAGCCUUGACCUUGAUUCCUUUUGGGACGAAAUAGAAGCCUGCAUUGAAAGGGCGGAGACGGUGGUAGCUGAACGCGCUUGA